AGUAGAAAUAAUAUAAAAAUGAGGUAGUUCAGUAUUAAAUUCAUUCCAAGUUCUACGAAGACACAACCAUGUCCACUUUUUCUUUACUGCUGCUUUGCAUACAAGCUUGCUUGAUUCAGCAAGCGUACAGCCAAGCUCUCUUGGGUGGGUAUGGUCUGGGCCCUCGCGCUUCAAUCGACACCAUUGGCGGCUACGGGUACAACAAUGGCUUGGCCGGAAUUGGCGGCCUGGGAUUGACUAACGCUGGUGGCUUGGGAUUGGUUAACGCUGGUGGCAUAGGAUUGGCUGGAGCUGGACUCGGCAUCAACUCUGGACUCGGUCUUGGACUUAACGCUGCCGGGCUAGGCGUUUCUGGUCUCGGCGGGCUCGGCAUCGCCGGCGGCUACGGCGGCGUGGGUAACGGCGCGCUCGCCGUCUCCGGAGAGCUGCCAGUUGCUGGCACCACGGUCGUCACUGGCGCCGUGCCAGUGCUCGGCGCUGUGAGCUUCAGCGGCAACUUGCCAGCUGCUGGCGCCGUCUCCAUCUCCGGCAACUGCGGAUGCGGUGGUGUUCCAUAUGGGAGCUAUUAAUUGACCAACUUGACAACAAAAAUAAAUGCAAAUUCUUAUAUUUA